AGAAGAAGACAAAGAAGAAGACGAAGAAGGGCAUUAUCACCACCUGUUGGAUAAAUUUGGUAUCACGUUCACAAAGAGGCCAUGUUCCUUGCAACAGCGACGCGGAGACUCCACAAAAAAAUAACAUAAUCCGUUGGUCAUAUGGUUCACUAACGGAAUUCGGGCCUUGUGCAGAGGCGAACCGAAGCCUCUCGUAGUGCCGCUGACAAAGACCACUCGCCCGGCAAAGAGGACCAAGAGUUUAGGCCAGGAGAAGAUCGAGGCGAUGACGAUAGUCGAGACUCAAAAGAAACACGCUUGACUUUAAUGGAAGAGGUGCUGUUAUUGGGACUUAAAGACCGAGAGGGAUAUACAUCCUUCUGGAAUGACUGCAUUUCAUCAGGGUUACGAGGGUGCAUGCUGAUUGAGCUCGCUUUACGCGGACGUCUUGAGUUGGAAGCCUGUGGUAUGCGGAGGAAAGGUCUGCUUGCCAGAAAGGUCAUUUGUAAGUCAGAUGCUCCGACAGGGGACGUCCUUCUGGAUGAAGCAUUAAAACACAUCAAAGACACCCAACCACCAGAGACUGUGCAGAGUUGGGUUGAACUACUCAGUGGAGAGACAUGGAAUCCCCUGAAACUCCAUUAUCAACUGAGAAACGUCCGUGAAAGACUCGCCAAAAAUUUGGUGGAGAAAGGUGUUCUUACCACUGAAAAGCAGAACUUCCUGCUUUUUGAUAUGACCACGCACCCGCUUACUAACAACAAUCUCAAGCAGCGCCUGAUUAAGAAGGUCCAGGAGGCUGUAUUGGAAAGGUGGGUGAAUGACCCCCAUCGAAUGGACAAGCGACUUCUUGCACUCAUCUUCUUAGCCCAUUCCUCUGAUGUCCUGGAAAAUGCCUUUGCACCAUUGUUGGAUGACCAGUACGACCUGGCAAUGAAAAGGGUACGGCAGCUUCUUGAAUUGGAGCCUGAAAGUGAAAGCAUGAAGGCUAACACAAAUGAGCUCUUAUGGGCUGUAAUAGCUGCAUUCACCAAAUGAUGCUACAAUUAAGAGAACAAACACAAGGUACCGGAAUUCGGCAACAUUGUCUAUUCGGCAAGGAAUUAGGAAUACUGCCAUCACCUCGGUGACUUGACAAACUGUAUUCCAUAACUGGAUUUUGGAUUGAUUUCUUACUGCAAUGUUCACUUGCCGUGGUCGCAUUUGUUCCUCUAUUCAUUCGGGAACAUCCUUAUAUUUUACUAACGUAAUUACUCCAAUCGAAUUUGAAAUGAGACCAUUAGUGAUAAAUCGGGCUAUGUUCAUUAUGGUUUGUGUGUAAAUACCAAACAAUUAUUUUUUAUUGACAUUCAUAUUGCUACGUAUAUGUGUGCUCCAUUGGCAGUCCUGAGUAUUCAAAGUCCAACUGUGAUAUUAUAUAGAGGUCAAUAGACCGGUUGUAAGUUUGAGAAUAAGCAGUGAGCAGAUCACCGUGGGGGGAAAAAACUGCCUUCUGCCAAAUGAGCCUCUCUUAUAUAAACAUGAGAUCAGCCUUCUUUCUGUUCCAUAUCCAGCACUAAUGCAAUUAAUGUUGUGGAAUCUGAAUAAAAAGGAAUCCAUCCCAAAUAGUUGAUGGUUAACUCAUUGGCGGCCAUUGACGACGAUAGACAUCCAUUCCAUAACAUCUGUAUUAACUGGGAGGGCGCUCCUGGUAAAUAUGGAUUGAAUGUCUAUUUCCGCUAACUGCUGAAACAUGAUCUUUCAUACACUCACUAUUUUGUUCACAUGUAAAAAGAGUAUUGUUUAUAGAAUUGCUCAAAUCUCUUCUGAAGAUAGGACAAUUUUAUUCUCAUACCAUUCAUUUCUUAAUUCAUUCAGUGUUAGCCAUUUUCAACAAAAGAAAAGUCAACUUCUACACCAGUCCUAGCUCGUUCAAUUGAUUUUGACUGAUCUUCCAAAGAACAGUAUUUUCAUCUAUCAGAUUAUACUGCGUGAAUAUAUAUAUAUACAGGGGUGCACAUAAUUUUUUUGCCCAGGUUCUCAGAGGAGGACCUGGAGAUGUGACUUGGUCCUCAUUGAGCUUGAGAGCCGACCCGACUGAUGCAAUAAAAUUAUGACGAGCUUUACUUAGAGCCAAUUAACUUUAAUUAGUUAACAAUUAAUGCUUGAUUAACAUCAACUGGCACAACAAAAUU